AUGGCUGGAGGAAGGAACAGUACAACAAUCACAGAGUUCAUUCUCUUGGGGUUCUCUGAGUUUCCACAGCUCACCGCUGUCCUCUUUUCAAUGUUCCUAGGGAUCUACCUGGCGACAGUGUUUUGGAACCUGGGACUCAUCGCCCUCAUCAGGAUGGACUCCCGUUUGCACACGCCUAUGUACUUCUUCCUCAGUAACCUGUCCUUGCUGGACACCUGCUAUAUUUCCACCAUAGCUCCUAGAAUGCUCUCAGACUUCUUCAGGAAGCAUAAACUCAUCUCCUUUACGGGGUGCAUCAUGCAGUACUUCUUGUUCUCUAGCCUGGGUCUGACUGAGUGCUGUCUGCUGGCGGCCAUGGCUUAUGAUCGCUACGUCGCCAUUUGCAGUCCUCUGCUCUACACAGUCACCAUGUGCCCCUCUCUCUGCGUGCAGAUGGUGGCAGGAUCUUGUGUAACUGGAUUCCUUGGCUCGUUCAUUCAGUUGUGUGCCUUACUUCAGCUCCACUUCUGUGGACCAAACAUCAUCAACCAUUUCUUCUGCAACCUGCCCCAACUGCUAACCCUAUCCUGCUCAGACACCUUGUUCUUUCAAGUCAUGACAUCUGUGCUCACAGUCAUGUUUGGGUUCAUGUCUGUCUUGGUUAUCAUGAUAUCCUAUGGUUACAUUGUCGCCACCAUUGUGAAGAUCACUUCAGCUGAAGGCCGGUCCAAAGCCUUCAACACUUGUGCUUCCCACCUGACAGCAGUGACCCUCUUCUUUGGCUCGGGUAUCUUUGUUUAUGUGUAUCCUAAUUCUGAUGGUUCCUCGAGCCAAAGCAAGCUGGCGUCUGUCUUGUACACUGUUAUAAUCCCCAUGCUAAAUCCAUUGAUCUAUAGCUUGCGGAACAAAGAAAUCAAAGAUGCCCUAAGCAUACGGAAGAAGAAAGUCUUCUCCUGGUGUUACUGACUAUGGAAUUUAUUUCAGUUGUACGCUGUAGGAGAAAUGUCAGCUAAAACAUUGAUCCACAACUCUUCUAACUGCAGAGUGAGUUAUAAUUACUAUCAUCUUCUAAUGUAAACCCAUGGCUGGUGCAAGGACAGGACAACACAUGAGAAGUAUCUGGAAGUUCAUUAUCUCCGUGCUUCAUCAGUGAUGACCCAAUAUAUCAAUAGGUCAAGAAAUUCACAAGCAUUUUUGUAGCUAGUUGUGAUGAUGUGACUCUUCCAUUCAAUGUUCUAUCCUUUAGCAUGUACUACCUCAAGGACCAAUGGUGCCAGUGGACCAAGUAGAUCAAGGUUGCCAGGAGACCAGCAAACCUCUCCAUAGCAUCUCACUUUAGGCAGGACAGAAAUUACUAUUAGUACUGAGCUCUUUUAAAAAAAGAAUUUCCUACCUCAUUCUGUUAGUUCUCUCAUUUAACCUAUUCUUUCACCUCUGGAAAUCAUGAAUUCAUUACUUCACUUAUGGACUUGUUCAAAGCAAAAAUAAACAAGAGAUCAAAGAUUUGUUAACUUCAUACAAAAAUAAAUUUGUUGCAACAAGAA